UUUUAUAUAUGCUUCUUCUUCUUCCUGCUUCUAGAACUUGUGCUUCUGGCUCUCUACUGCAACUAGCAUAAUUAGUGCGCGCCGUGGCCGCUUCCCCUACCAAUAAUAACUCAUUUGAAGUUAUACCACUACGAAUUCUGUGGCGGCUAUAGUUAUACUUGGCCACCCUGUGUCACCUACGAUUGAUCAGAUUGUUUUCAUUGUCCAAGGAGGUACUAGUGACGGAUUCGCUACGGCUGCAAUUUGACUCAACAUCGUACUGAGUUAGCAGUCUCCGCAGGCGUGGGACAGCAGCGACCCGAUAAAAAACAAGAGAGAAGCAAUUUCGUCGGUUGGAGUAAAAGGACGUUCCGAUAGCGUUUGUAGUGCACGCGCGAAACUGAGCGAGUGGAAAAGCGUGAGAGUUCGUUUCGUCGAAAACCGAAAUCAUUUGUCUAUAUUUGUUGUUAAGUGUUCAACAAUGAUGCCAAGAGAAAUCCUAACUAUUGUGACACAUAUAACGGGACCAGCAGCAGCAGCAAUGAAUCGAAAGAGAUAAUAGAAGGCAAGCAACAGAUUAGAGAAAUUGUCAAAUAAAUCGUUGAUGAGAACCAAACUGCACAAAAUACUCGAAGACCUGAAAGCACCCAUUGAAUCUUCAAAGAAUACUCCGACGUUUGUUUGACUGCGUAUGUGGAUCGUAUCGAUUAUCAAAGACUGCAUGUUAUAUAUGGGUUAUAUAAACAUUUGAAGUGGAACUCUUUGAUUCAGAAGAAAAAUUUGAAAAACGGUCUAGUUCGGCGGACAAAAUGAGUGCACCUACGGAAACAAAUAAACAGAUAGGGGCCGACACACAGGCCAAUGAAACUGGAACGACGACAAUAAGCAGCGUUGCUAUACAAAGCGGUGCAACAAAACUUGUGCUCGCGUUGUUACAGUGUGCGGAAUGCAUUAAGCUAAAAAUUCAAGAAAUGGUACCUUUAUUCACGGAUAUCGGAUCGAAUCUUGAGGAGGCUUCUCAGCUCUGUAAGCAGCACGAUUCUGUCUUGGAAAAACUUCAGGGGCAGCAGAAUCCUGUUGAAGAGUUGCUAAAGCAGGCAGAUGAAACAAUUACUAGACAGAAACCUAGGAAAGAGGUGUAUCAAGCAAUGGCUGAUAGUCUCGGCCAUGCAUGGAGGGAUCUGAAUAGCCAGUUAGAACAGAGGAAACUUAUCCUACACCAGGCGGUGAUGUUCCAUACACGGGCACGAACACUUCUUGAGAAGCUGACUCGUGCUGAAAUGGAAUUCGGUGAAAGCUUCAUUCCUCAUGAUGCGCAAAAGUGCCACCAGGCAUUAGAACAACUGCGAACAGCAAGAGAAGCAUUGACAAAUUGUUCGAAGCAGCUGUCAACCGAAGCUGAUCUACUUCUUGAUUUUGUGCGUCCCAUUGCUGAACGUUCAUUGGCAGACUCACGGUCAGAGUACAUGCGAAAAGCCGCCGAAAAGACCCUGCGAGAAAUUAGCGACUACGAGGAGUUCUUACAGACGAAGAUGGCGGAGGUGGAAGUGAUACUGUCUCAGAGGGAGUUCAUGUUGAUUGGGUCGACUCGCAAAAGAGAGCUGGAAGAGGGUCUUCGUUCUCUGGAAGAGUGGUACCGAUCUGUUAGCAAGAAGAUUCUCGAUGAGAGGUCGCUCGGAAGCAGCAGUCAAACAACUCAGGCCAUACUCAAUGACCUAAUCGGGAAACUCGACGACGUUAAGAACAAACGCCAACAGGCGGCAAUCAAACUAUUGAAGUCUACUGAGGAUCCAUCGUGCGGCGGUUACACAAGCUCCGAUCUUCAGCAGAGAGCUUAUCUUCUUCUCUCUAACAUCACAGAUGUGGAAGAAAGUCUUCACACAAGAAUUGAAUAUCUCCACAAGGCGGAAGAUUUCUUCACAAAGACGGAUGAGAUAAUUGGGAACAACAAAGACGACGCCGACGCUGAUUGUGCGAAAAGGAAAGAAAUACUCGUUAAAGAAGCUCAAGAUUUAGUAAAAUUUUAUGAAGUUGAACCCUCUGCUGUUGCUGGUGUUAAGAUCGCUUUGAAUAAGCUCAUAAAUAGAACUACAGCAGAAACGAUAACAAGCACAAUAAGUCAAACCUCAACUUCAGGCAGGAAGAAGGCUGACACAACAGGUGGACAAAGUCUGCUUUCAUCGAGACCGAAAAUCUCAGAGGAAAAGUUGCUAAUGAAGUCGGCGGGUCAAAGACCAAACAAGCCAUUACCAGCGGUGCCUAAUUUAUCUGCUAGAGAAAAAGUUGAAUCAACUUUAACUACGGAAACAGCUAAAGUUUCCACUACACAGGAUCAGCCCGCCGCCGCUAACGAUGAGAGAUCGCUGUUAACAUCGCCUACCGAGUCAGAUCUCUAUGAAGAGGUCACGCCACAGUCCCUGAACGAGGAUAAGCUUCAGCCAGACGUUCCACGCAAACUUGAAAAAUACAAAGAAAGUCUGGUGAACGAAUCUAUACAGGAUACGUUCCCAUCUAAAGAUCAAGUUGCUCCGCAGCAAAUAGAAACGAUCCAAGCGCCGCCUGCUUCCGUCGAGGGAUCUUUUGAUCAAAAGGUUGUUUGUAAAUCUAUGGAUAAGGAGAUCAAGGAAAAGAAGACGACUUACAAAGAGGUCCACCUUGAAGAAGCGAAAAUUACUUCAACUGGCAUUCUCCGUAAAGAGUUCAAGUCAGAAGUAAAGUUACAGGUGGCUACUAUGAUUGCGGAUACUAAAACAACACCAAGUCGAUGCAUAGAUGAGCAGAAGACUAACGAUCAGGCGUUCGUUAUUCAGCGGAGCCCGUCGUUUGUGAAUUUCUGUUCUAAGAUCUGCUCGAUUGAAAAAUGGCUUCACGAGGUGUUAGACGCGUUUCUUCAACAAAACGUUGCGAUCGGGGCGGAUCUGAUUAAUGUCAAAAAAUUUUAUCAAGAACACAGUAAAAUACAGAAUGACCUGAAGGUCAAAGAGAUGGAUGCGUUGGCAGCGUUCUCAACGCUUCCGGCUGUUCUUUCUAUUGGAGGCGACGAUGCAGCGGACGCACAAAAACACGGUCAAAAACUUCGUGAUGACUGGGAGCGUAUUGGCAAUAUUCUUGAGCUGCGAGUCCGUCUUGCCCAAAGAUACGUCAACUUUCUCAAGCUCUCUGUUCAGCUGUCCUCAGAUAUGUCGGAAGUGGAAGAAUCUGUUGGGCGAGCCCGUGCCGAUUUAUCGGAAGUUGAACAAAAAAAUCUUUUCCAAAGCUGGAUGAACGCCCAACAGGCAAUCGUGCAGUUCAAUCAUCAAGCGAAGAUUAUUCAAGAUGACGCAAAACGGAUGCAGGACCCAUAUUUGGAUGUUGCCGCAUUAGUCUCGGCAGUACAAGCUGUACAAGCCACCGUUUCAACGAGAAGAGAUAUUCUAAAGAAAACAUUCGACGUCUGGGAAGAUCGAAAACGAUCUCCGCCACCUCCUAAAAUUUCACAGGCAGAGCAGCUAAUGCGCGAAACACAACGCACAAAAGAAUCCGCACAGAAGCUGGAGAAGGAGCUCUUCCCAAUAAUUCCUCGAGAGCUCAACCGUGCAGAGAGCAUCCGAAGGUAUCUGAAUAGGCAUAUUGACACCCUCAUGCCACUUGUUAGGACAGUACAAUCCGAGUUGGAGGUCCGACUCCGGUCCAUGGACCAUUUGUUGACGAAGGCACAGCACGAGUCAGAGAAAAAGGAACUGCUCAAGGUUAAGGACGUCUUGGAGGAAGCCCUUAGUAGGCUACUAACAAAAAUUAGCGACUACGAGAGUAUUGUUGAGAAGCUUGCCGGCUUCCUUGUUAAUGUGGAAAAGAUGGAGAAAAGUGCGGAGACUGUUGAAAAGCUCGGCAAAGGUUCCGGUUGCGAUCCUAUUGCGUUGGAGGAUCUGGGUAGAGCUCUUGAAACUCAGCAGACUCAUGCUUUAGACCGAGUUGUUAUUCUGGCACAGGAAUCUGAUCAAUUGGUCCAGCUCAUCGAUAAGCUUGAACCGGCUGCGGCGGCAACCCGCGAUAAGGAAAAAAUUUCUCGCCUAGUAGAAGCCACAAGGCAACAUUUUGAAAGUGUUCUGUCUCAACAAAAAGUUAAACUGGCCGAAUCGAAAAAACUAUUAGACUUCAAGGCGAACACACAGAUGUUGAAUCAACGAAUUGACCAGCUAAGUGAAGAUCUGUCCUCGCUAAGAUCGGCCUUCGGUGAUAACUUCAUAGCUGCAAAAACCGCACAAACAUCGUUUGAGCACUUCGAGGAGACCGUUAAGUGUCUAGAACGACAAAUCAAUGAGUUCGUGAAGCUGUCGCAACGUUUGACUUCUGAUCGGCGCCUGGAUACGCGGCAGGUCAAAAGCGAGGUAGCUAGUCUACAAUUCAAGUGGAACGCAUUCACGCGUCUGGUACAAGACAACCGCAAGUUGGUAGAUGUCGGCGUUCUCUAUUUUUCUGUUCUCGACGAGACCGAAAAAUGGUACCGCGAAACAAACGACUACCUCGUCCGGGUCAACCAACUCUGCAAUAAUGCACAGAGGGCUGACAAAGAAGUACUUCUUAACGAAGUUCAAAGUCGGAUUCAUUCGUCGCAACUAGACCAAGAGGACCGACUUAAAAAGCUGAUCAGUCUGGGUCAGCAGUUGUACCAAGGUCGAGUACCAGCGAACGCGGAGCGAGUCAUUCAGGAGACCCGAACAGUGCUCGAGACUCUCCAACUUCUAGUGGCCCAGCUUCGCAAGCAGUCUAUGCAAGCAUCACUGAUGCAAUUCCAACAGCCCGCAAUUCCACAGCAGCCGACUAAAAGUCAGAGCUUUGCAAGCCAGUCAAGUUUCCAGACGUCGUUUUCUUCAACGCAAGAGGUCAAAUCGAUGUUUUUGCAAUCCCAAGAGAAAAAUACAAAGGCGUUUACCUCCGUCCACGAAGAGCAAACCCGAUCGUUUCGGCAAGUUGAACAGCACGCACCAGCUCCCGUUAAGCGUAUGCAUUCGGUUCAAUUGUUCCGAGCUCCCAAUAACAGUGAAGUUGGGGGACAGACUACGGUUGCAUCUUGUCCUUCAUCAGUAGCAGAGGACGUGCCAGCAACGAGUAGAUCCAAAACGUUCCCACGAAAUGCGUCAUCGGCUAGGCGUAACUUGCCCGCUGUUGGAGGACUUCUCUCUAGCUCGUCAUACCCGUUUUUUGCAGUUCCUUUGGAAGAUAUCGAAACGCCCGAGCUUCGUCGGGUCACUCUUCGUUGCGUUGUUCAAGCUUUUCCCGCACCAAGGAUUUCGUGGUACAAAGACGGAACGAUGAUUCGCCCUAACAACUAUAUAACGCCAACCUUCGAUGACAGUACAGGAGAGUGCACGCUCUGCAUGCAGGAAGUUUUUGUCGCCGAUAGCGGCUUGUACUCGUGUAAGGCUGUCAAUUCGUCGGGACUGGCAGAAACGAAGGCUCGACUCUGUGUACGCGGAGAACGCUUUAGGAUCAGACUUUACUAGUCGUCAAGGCCAGUGAUCGAAUUGUCGAUCCACUGAGUAGUCAUCUCCGUCUUUUUUCCUGCAUAAAUUUCAUGUCUGUGACAAGUUCUAUUGCAUAUUAUUACAUUGGGUGCAAAUGUAGUUGAACUGAGCACGAGUAAGUCGACGUCCUUUCAACAAUGUAGCAGGUUGCAUUCAUUAUUUUCUGAAAAAUAAGACCCUUCGGCUCAAGUGCCAACUUACGUGGGUUACACAUAUUCUUAUAGAUGUUUAUGCAGAGCAAAAAUGUUUCGAAGCUUCACGAGCUCAAAUCAUUUUCUGUAUCGUAUUAGGUGUGAUUGCCCCAAUCAAGAACUAGAGAACCUUCAUUUCCAUACACAUUUUCAUAAAUAACUGAGCGAAAACCAAAAGUAUCUCUGUCUUGUAAUAUGUACAUCUGGAUCACCAUUUAUUUGGUGAAUAUACACUUGAUUUAUAUAAUUUCGUGUGUUGGCGACAAAUACGUUAUCAUGAUUUUAAUUUUUCUCAAUUCGGCAAAACAGCGGCUACCGCUAAAGGCUUGUUAUAUUUAUAAGAAACUAUCUAUCAAAAGCUUCUUAAAUGCAAAAAAAUAAAUUAUGCGCAUUGUGGUAAUAUUUA